AGAGAAGUGUGGAUAGCCACCCAUACAGACUCUGCAGCAUUUUACGCAGGUUUAUUGUUUCCCUUUAAUGGCAGUAUGAAAUAGCCUAUCGAUUUAACUUGUCCUAUUUUAACUUUGGCCGAGAUUGGAUUUUGAAACGAGCUGGGUUGGGUGCCGCCUGGGAGCAGAGGAUCACAGGGACGGUGUGACUCGCAGGUCGGAGUGCGCAAAACAACGCGCCCCUGCGAUUCCUCCGCAGUCGCCAGACGGUGCGCAGGUGGAGGCGAGGCGAAGAGGAGAGGAAGCAGCCGCUCAGGACGGACGGACGUGCGGGGAUGUUCAGUAUUCGCGAGAUUUGUUCCAUCUAAAGGAACACACUGGUUUUCCCCUCCAUCGCUAUAGAUUCGGAACCGCUGUCUUGCUUUGGCGCAGCUGUAACCCAUUUCUCCUCCAUCACAAAAGUUUGACUGGUAAAAGAUGAUGCUCUGCUCCGCUCCUGUUUCUUCAUGCAUUGCUGUGGAUUCCGGCGUCAGCGUAAGUGGCCAGUCAUCACUUGAGAAACAGCUGCGAUUCUUUCGGUCUUAAUUUGCGCUGCCAAUUUCAGCAGAGGGCUUUUAUUCUGGCACAGCAUCGCUCGACCGGGAUUGCAUCCAUUUGAAUUAUUGUCGUACCCCGUUCCAUAAUGGACUUCCUCGGACUGUACUUCUUACAGCUGGCUCUUAUCGGAGUCCCACGUCUGGCGCUCUCUUCAGGCGGGAGGGACUGCCUGCGUGCCGGAGACACCUGCUCCAGCGACGACACCUGCAGCCCGCGACUGCGCACCCUCCGGCAGUGUGUGGCGGGGGACGGCAGCGUGAAGCUGGGGCCCGGGGCCCGGAACCAUUGUGAGAACGCCAUGACGGCGCUGCUGUCCACUCCUUUGCACGGGUGCCAAUGUAAACGAGGCAUGAAGAAGGAGAAGAACUGCCUGAGUAUCUACUGGAGUCUGCAUCAGUCCGUGCUGCACGGACUCAGCCUGGUGGAGAACUACCCAUAUGAGCCAGAAGAGAGGGGCUCCGACUACGUCCGUCUGGCCUCCAUCGCUGCAGAGUCCGAAGUAACGACGGUGAACCGCUGCCUGGAUGCUGCCAAGGCGUGCAAUAUAGAUGAGACGUGUCAGAAGCUUCGUACGGAAUAUGUCUCAUCCUGCAUCCAGCCGUCAGCCCGCUCGGGGCCGUGUAACCGACCAAAGUGCAACAAGGCGCUGAGAAAGUUCUUUGACCGUGUUCCCCCAGACUACACCCACGAGCUGCUGUUCUGUCCCUGCACUGACACGGCCUGUGCAGAGCGCCGCCGGCAAACUAUCGUGCCGUCCUGCUCCUACGAAGACAAGGACAAGCCCAACUGCCUGGCCCAGCUGCGGAUCUGCAAAGCAGACUAUGUGUGCAGGUCUCGCUGGGCACAGUUCCAGUAUGAUUGCCAGCCUUCUGAGCAGAGCGCUAGUGGCUGCAAGCAGGAGAACUACGGAGCAUGUCUACUUGCGUACACCGGCCUGAUAGGAAGCACAAUAACUCCCAACUACCUUGACAACUCCACAUCCAACGUGGGACCCUGGUGCUCGUGCGCAGCAAGCGGCAAUCACAGGGAACAAUGCACCGACUUCCUCACUGCCUUCAACGACAACGUCUGCCUGAGAUAUGCAAUCCUGGCCUUUGGGAACGGAUCAGAGGAGAAAACGGGUGCCAGCCAGCCCGGUAUGCCCAGUCCGGCGAUGGACCACCAGAACCCACAAUUGGCAACCACUGCCCCAGGUGCAGAGCAGAACAUUCUAAGAGCACAGAUACCUACUCAGGCAAAAGCGAACGAGAGACUGUGGGGCGACGAGGAAGAGUCCACUCUUCCCUCUCCGGGCUUGUCGGACUGUGCAGUUGAACCCCUCAGCCUGUCACUGCUGCUGGGACUCGGUUGGUUGCUCCUGCUGCUCUCCGACCAAUAAGAGGCCUCAGUCACCUGGCCUCCACUGACAAAACUCCAGACCUGGGGGGGGGGGUUGGUGUGAGAGAAAGCCAUUCCAUGUAAAUGACAGUGGGGAAAAAGGUUGAUUGUCACACAAACCAC